UGAAGGUUUCACACAUCGGGAAGCGAUGGAACAUAGAGGCAAAAUGCUUGCAAGCGUUGUGUUAAUGUCCUUUCUUUUCCCACUUCUGUCGGCUACCGAGGAAUUCUGGGAUCCAGCUGAUCCUAAGUGCGAAGAAUACAGGAAAACGAAUGGGGCAUUUUGGGACGAUCUCCUGCCCAGAGCAUACCAAUGGAUAGAUAACUACAACUAUCAAAGCCGAACCGAUGCAUCAUUCCAGUAUGGACGACAAGACAGGGAAUUCGUAGAAAAGGGUUGUCGGGAAUAUGAAACGUACAAAAAGACUGACUACAAGUGCUGGUCCCAAGAGUUYCUUUGUGCUGCUGCAGAAGUUCUCCAGUCAACCUUAGAUGGAACUACACUGAAGAUAAACUACAAGCACAAACCUUGGUAUCAUUGUUUCGAAAAAGUAGGUCCGCACCAAGCCAACGAUCGYGACCAAGAAAUCAGCUGGAUUUCAAAGAUGCGAUGGAAUGACCCUAGACUUCUCAAGUGGGCCAAAAACGAUCUUGAAGAAGUUGGCAAGGAAAUGUUCGAGAGAGUUUUUUACUACAUCGAGAAGAACAAUAUUGAUAGCCUUAAACUGGUAUGCGAUCAUUAUAAAUCUAGUACAACUAUGGAAUUUAUGCGGAGAGAGUGUGAUAGCAGGAAUCAGAGCGAUAGUUCAAUGCACUGUAAGGUAGCCAUAGUGUUCGAUAGGUUGGCAGAGUUGAUCAUAGAUUCGAACGAUAUUCCUUGGAAUAUGGGGAGUUGCCGAUCGGUUCCUAGAACUAGGGAAGAGCUAUCUAUGUUAUAUCUCCUCCAACCUAAAGUCUAUGAAAUCAUGGACAUUGGGUCGGAGGCCAGAAACAGAACUCUUUGUUACCGUCUAAGGACAAUGUUCAAAAGCCUCUUUGAUAAUACCCUCAAUGACAAAGGUGAUCAAAUUAGGGGUCAUUUUGGCAAAUUUGGCUCAAUAUAUGAUAGCAUGAAAAGUGAUUGUGAAGCUACCUAUAAAAACGAUUUCGAAGAGAUGGUUUGCUAUCUUAGUGAAACCUUCUCACGCAUGAACUUACUGGUAACUGAACUAGGAAGGGAUUAUAGUAACUGGCAGUCGAGUCGGGCAAAAAGCAUGAAAGCUGUUGUCUUAGUGUGGCUCUUAUUAACACCUAAAGCUUAUUUUUACAUCGAACCCACAGAUCUUGUACGCGCCCAGUCGGCAAAAGAGCUUCUCAAAAUUAUGUACAAAAAACUCCGUAACAACGAAAUUACRAGUCUUCAAGAGAUCUCCAAUCUGAUUCCUAAUGAGGAUCAAAUGGGAUUAAAAAGUAGCGACGAGUGCGCCCCAAAUUUCGACAAAAUCAGUCGGGACAUGAAAUGCGGUUUCAAGAUUGUUUUGGAACACCUGGCUGUUUUUCUUGAUCAGUAUAAAAGCAAAGACCAAAAAACUAAGCGUUUAAAUCUUGCGAUACAACAUAAAACACGCUUAGAGCAAUUUCAGAUUUCAAGUAUCAAGAAUGAGGUGGAGAAUACUAAACUUGAGCUGAAGAGCUCCUUAGAAGGGUUCGUUUCAGAAWUAAAGAAGUUUUUUGAAGCCUCGMUAGGCAACCGCUUUGAAAGUUUAAGGAACUAUYAUGAAUCGUUAGCAAGCUUUGACUUAGAGAUUGCAAAUGCRGAUACCACUUAUAUCAACGAUAAACUCAAAUACUUUAAAGACACAGCGGUGCAACUGAGUACASAACUAGAAUACGAUAGCUCUAAGAUGCAACAGGAUCUCCUUAUCAUCAAGUCGAUUGAUGCGGCCUUUAUGUGGAUGAAAGCCAUUGGGUCGGGAAUCUCGGCUGUUAUUGGGAUUAUUGGGGGCGAUUUUAGUGGUUUUCAGGACACUGCUGAUCGYAUAGAUGCUGCCGCAAAGACAACACUAGAGGCUGUCGAGGGGGGUGCAAUUAARGAGCAAAUCGAAAUUACAAUGGAAAAAUUUCGGGCAAUUACAGAAGGUUUCAAACAAAAUGAAAAACAGCUAAAGGAUACUAAAGMUCUUAUUGAUAAGCUCAAUGAUGGAGACACCAGUAGUGAAGAAUUUAAGAAACUUCAAAAGGAUUUUUUGAYCUGCUAUAAUGCUUACACUCCAAAGGUUAACGAAGCACAAAUCGCUGAGCUUGAUUCGGCCUGGAGUCAAGUUGUCGAUAAUUUAGAAGAUCUUGCAGAUUCAAUGGAAACAAAGGAAGCUAUCAUAGGCGUAACAAAGUCUUUCGUAAAAAAUCAUUAUUUCAAAAUUAAGUUAGUUGUACCUAAACUUGUUGACACUUUGACCAAAAGGUUCGAAUUCCAAUUUGAUCUCAUGGAUAGUUUAAAAGAUGCUGUGCGCGCGCAUACCGCUUUGCAAGGGUCUAAAGGUCUAUCCCAAGGAUUUGCGGAUUUAGAACGGCAGUUAGCAGARUCUGAACUGGCUCAGAUUGCACUCGACCAAAUGGCUUUAUCYACAUAUAUCCUCUCMCAAUUCCAUCUGCUUUUACUUUUAGCACAAUUCUGUAAUUACGUGACUUAUGUCAAUGCAGGGGUUGAGUCUGUGAAAUGCAYUACCGCCUUAAGGACAAUGGAAACAGUCCAUAUURACGAUGCAAUCAGCUACGAGCCUCCAUCUUGUGAUGAAGCUUCAGUUGACCUUAAAAUUCCUACAGGUACUUCGGGCAGUCUCAAUAGCAUCAAUCUCAAACAAUUUAAUUCAGGCGAGGCUGUUCCCUUUGAAAUCCCAAACUUUGAUUGGUUGAAGCUUCACGGAGAUAUGUCUGAGUCCGAUAGAGACAAAGCUUUUUUCGUUAAGCAAUUCGAAGUGUAUGUCCUUACAAACGAUAAAUACCAGAUUAAGACGAACCUGCGUGUCACGGUCACRCCUUCUGGUUCGGGCCCAGUUUAUCCUAUUUCGGGACAGACCAAAUACGAACUUGUUCCAACCUCUCGCACUCAGUAUGUGUUCGAAUACAAGGAAAAUUACAGAGGUAACUGUAGGUCAGAAGUAAACCCAUACUCUGUUUGCAGCCCAGGACCCAAAGGAAUUUGUUUUAAAAGUAGGGGCGAGGUGGAAAAUAACCUGAAUGCAUAUCCCUCCGUCUAUAGUCCUUGGAUUAUAAAACUUGACGAGGAUAUCGGAAACGCUCCAAAUCCUGCUCCAGGAACAAACGUAUACCUCCAAGCUAAGCUUCUUCUCUGCAGAAAAACGAAAGAUUCCAACGUAAGAUCCGGUCAGGGAAGAAAACGCGUUUUGCAUAAGUUUACAAAGGGAAGGCAAAUGAACGAUUCGAAUGUCGUACCUUGCCCUCAAGGGAAAUAUUUCAAUCAAGAUACCUUGUUAUUYGCAGCUUGUAGUGCUGACUCAACCCCKCAACGCAACAAUUACUAUUGUGAGYUGAACCAAUCUGAUGAUGGAGCAUCAGAAUAAGGAUAUGUCAUUCUCAAUGCAUGGUAUUUAAUGUUUUAAGAAAUUUUUAGUAUUUAAAGUUAUGAUCAUUUAUUUAUUCUAAAAUUCAAGCUUAGAUCUUUAAAAUCUAUCGAUUUUUUGGAGAGUAAGACUAAUGCCAAAACUACGAGAACUGGAUGACAACAUCGAGUCAACAAGACYACGCACAAAAGAAUUCUUGUAGACGACAUUCCAGGGAGAUAUAAGAAAACGUUAAAAUAUAUAAUUCUUUGUUUCGUCUGAGCUACUUAACCAAAACAUCUCAAUAACUUUUCAUGUACUCUUUCAGUGACCCCGACCAAAUCAAAAUAUUUUUUUGCCAUAUUUCCUCUGGGUUUAAUUUAAAAGAACUUCACGAACUUCCCAUGGGAAGCCUUGAUAAUUUGGGUACGAGCGUACUGGACGGUGAGUUUGUUUUCGGCUUUCACAGGACGCCAUCGGUCUUUCARAUCACGAACUAUGAAUCCCAUAAUUUCAUUAUCCAUCCUAAUAUUGGUAAAGCUCAUGACAAAAGGCGGCAAAGGAAUACUUUUCUAUAAGUGUUUGAAUAAGGCCACACUAAUAGCUCAGCUCGAUCUGCUUUUGAAUAAACUUCCAGAUAAAAUUGAAAGAUGUGAUCAGAAGGAGAUAAGUUUUAAUUUCAAAGAUCAAAUCUUUGUACUUUGUUAGGUGAAGGGAUCACUGCAUAAGAAAUGUCUUUCAGCUAUCGGAGGGGAUAGGAUCSAAGAUCAGGUUUUUGGCCCCCUUAUCCAUAGGGCACACAAAAUUAAUUCAGUGUGCUGACAUUGCUUUUACAAAGMUUUUAAUGGCUUUCUAGAGUAAGUACAGGAAAAGUAGGCAAUGCGCAACUCAGACGCCCUAACGCCAUCUAAUAAUCCUCCAGUGAAAUUUACAAGUUGAAAUCUACAAGCAAUCUCGCCAGCAGAUGGCAAUAGUGUGCUCAAUGCAAGGUCUCUACUYUAAAAGGCACGUGUUCAUCCGAGAAUCUUUGAAGGUGAUUURGUCAUUUUUACAAACCCUACCUUGUUGAAUGCUACUUUUUUGGGGGGUUCAAAAUGCAAUUUACGUAUUUGAGGAAUUACCKCAGAGGUUCUUUGAUAGACGUAGCCUCAAAUAUAUCUUAGAAAAUAUACUAAAGUACGCAUGCGUGAAACGCUUACAUAUGAUUAUGGCUGCAUGCUUUAUGUAAUCUUAAGAGAAAAUAUAGAGUUCCAUAUAGGUAAAUAAAAGGAAACAAAAGAAA